UUGCAAAACACAGAAGUGAGAGAGUAGAGAGAGAAAGAGCAACAAUGGUGGUGAAGGUUUACGGUCCGGCCUAUGCAUGUCCAAAGAGAGUGAUGGUUUGUCUUGCAGAGAAGGAGAUUCCAUACGAGACUGUCCCAAUCGAUCUCGUCAAGUUAGAGAAUCGAAACCCUAAAUACCUCCAAUUACAGCCUUUUGGAUCUGUACCAGUCAUCCAAGAUGGAGAUUUCACCUUAUUUGAAUCAAGAGCAAUAAUAAGAUACUACUCUGAGAAAUACAAAUCACAAGGAACAGAUCUAUUGGGAAAGACCAUAGAAGAAAGGGGGAUUGUUGAACAAUGGCUAGAAGUGGAAGCCCACAAUUUCAAUCCACCAAUUUAUAAUAUGACUCUUCAUAUCAUGUUCAGCUCUGCUCUAGGGUUUCCUGCUGAUGAGAAAUUGAUUGAAGAGAGUGAAAUGAAACUUGGGAAGGUUCUUGAUGUGUAUGAAGAGAGGUUAGGGAAGACGAAGUAUUUGGGUGGGGAUUUCUUUAGCCUUGCGGAUUUGAGUCAUCUUCCUUUUACAGAGUAUUUGGUGGGUCCUAUGGGGAAAGGGUAUAUGAUUAAGGAUAGGAAGAAUGUAAGUGCAUGGUGGGAUGAUAUUAGUAAUAGACCUUCUUGGAAGAAGGUUCUGGAAUCUUCAUCAGCUUGAUUAGGUUCUUGCUGCUGCCAUGGCUGAUGGUUCAUGAUAUCUGUGUUUUCAGUAUUUUCUUAAUAAAAAUAAACUUAUGAUGAAGAUGUUUUGAGAUUAAAUAAGACUGUUACAGAUUCAUGUAAUAAUAACUAUUCUAUAAUAUAUAUACAUAUUAUAAUAUGUUUUUAAAGGAUAUAAAUA